ACGUUUAUUAGUACGACUUUCACGCUUUGUGUUAUUUUAAGAGCGCAAAUCUAUUAUUAUGAGAGGCUUUGGCUCAUGGAGCUUCUCCUAUCCAGAUGGAUCUAGCGCAGGUCUGCGUUCCUCCGUAAAGCGGCUCUUGAGGUGGCUUUGAUGCAUGAAGGAUCCUCUAAACGCUCACAAUGGCUCGAUCAAACUCGGAAUAUGGUCUCAUCUCCUGGCCUGAGCCCAUCUGAUCCCGUUCGUCUCUGAUCUGACAGGUUUAGCGCGAUGAUCAUGGUCUCCUCCGGCUGCGCUCUGAUGGUUCUGAUGGUCACUCAGGUGUUCUUUGGAGGCUCUAGUGGACUCGUACCCCAGACCGACCGCUCUUCUCUGUCUCAGGACGUCCUGCACGCGUUUGAACUUCGACUUCUGAGCAUGUUUGGACUCAAACACAGACCGAGGCCCAGCAGGUCUGCGGUGGUUCCGCAAUACAUGAUGGACUUGUUCUCGAUGCACUCGGUGAACGCGGAGCAGAACAACAGCAACAGACCCAAGGGAUCUUUAGGAAAAGGCUCGGAAAGAUCUGCCAGCCGCGCGAAUACGGUCAGGAGCUUCCACCAUGAUGAAUCCAUGGAGGACCUGUCCAGUUCGAGCGGAAAGACGACUCAGCGUUUCCUCUUCAACCUGACCUCUAUCCCAGGCGAGGAGUUUGUGACGUCAGCGGAGCUGCGGAUUUUCCGAGAGCAGGUCGUGAGCAACGGCAGCGAUGGAUUUCACCGCAUUAACAUUCACGAGAUCAUCAAACCAUCCGGUUCCUUUCAGGAACCGAUCACGAGACUCCUGGACACCAGGCUGGUUCAGCACAGCUUGAGCAAGUGGGAGAGUUUCGAUGUGAGUCCCGCAGUCACGAGGUGGACUGCGGAUGGGCAUCCCAACCACGGCUUCAUGGUGGAAAUAGUUCACCCGGACCACACGGAAGAGGACUCCAAAAGACACGUCCGCGUCAGCAGGUCCCUGCAUGACAGAGAGGACACGUGGCCCCAAAUGAGGCCCCUGUUGGUGACUUAUAGCCACGACGGGAAGGGAAAUGUGCUGCACUCUCGCGAGAAGAGGCAAGUGCGGACAAACAAACAGCGGAAGAAGCACAAAGCCAACUGCAGGAGACAUUCCCUCUAUGUGGACUUCAGCGACGUGGGGUGGAACGACUGGAUAGUCGCCCCGCCAGGCUACCAUGCCUUUUACUGCCAGGGCGAGUGUCCGUUUCCACUGGCAGACCACCUGAACUCCACCAACCAUGCUAUUGUACAGACACUGGUGAACUCGGUGAACAGCAACAUUCCCCGGGCCUGCUGCGUUCCCACGGACUUGAGCCCGGUUUCGCUGCUCUAUCUGGACGAAUACGAGCGAGUGAUCUUAAAAAACUACCAGGACAUGGUCGUAGAGGGCUGCGGAUGCCGCUGACGCCUGGACGUCUACAGACACUUUAUUUUUCCCAAUACUAAACUUUAUUUAUAAUAAAGUAAAACACAUAUUUUGGAAAAGUAUAUAAAGAUAUAUUUAUGUUCACUAUUGGGAAAAUAAAUAUUUUAAUCAGAGCUAAACGAACAAUUUCUGAUGUACGUUUCGAUCUGCACAUGAAGUAUUCAUAUUUUAUAUUUAUUUCUACUGCAAUAUUUUUUAUUGAAUAGUUGGAGACACUUUACAAUCCCAUUUGCUAACAUUACUUAAUGCAUUAACUAACAAUGCAAAUCAAUACAU